AUGAAGCCUUUAAUAGAUUUCGAUGAAUGCUUGAGAGACUCUCCAAAAUUUAGGGAGCAAUUAGAGACAGAAGAAGCGAGUAUUGAUAACUUGGAGCAGAAACUAGAUAAAGUUUUAAAAGCAUGCACUGUUAUGAUUGAAUCAGGGAAGAUUUAUAUGACUCAUAGGGGCACUUUUACAAAUGCUCUAUGGGAUUUAAGUGGAAGUUUCUCUGAAGACCCCACAGUAAUGGCCUCUCUGAAUCGCAUGAUUCAUGCACUGCAAGAAAUGAAUAAAUAUCACUCUAUUUUACUGGACCAGGCCUCCAGAACUAUACUAAAGAAUCUCACAGCUUUUAUUAAAGUGGACAUCAAAGGUGUCAAAGAAAGUAAGCAUCAUUUUGAAAAAAUCUCAAAUGAUCUGGAUAUUGCCUUAAAUAGAAAUUCUCAGGUGUCACGUCAUAAAUCAAUGGAUGUAGAAGAGGCAGUUAAUCUCUUACUAGCCACCAGGUCAUGCUUCAGACACACUGCCCUGGAUCAUGUCCAUAAGAUUACUAUGCUGCAAGCUCGGAAGCGUCAUGAGAUUCUAGCAACUUUUUUAUCGUAUUUGCAAGCGUGCUGCACAUAUUACCACCAGGGCGCUGAUUUGAGUGAAGAUUUGGAUCCGUUUCUCAAGGCCACUGCUGACGAAGUUUCAACGAUGCGUAACGAUACGAAGAUACUGGACAAGGAGAUGGAAAAUCGUCACACAAUUGUGAAUAGUAAAGACACAGUGUUGCCUAGUUGUAAGGCGGGAGAAGCGGAUGGCAACCCUAAAGAGGGCCUGUUGAGCACACCCUGUCUAAAGAAUAUGCCGCGAAUGCAGGGUUACUUGUUUAAGAGGACAUCCAAUGCUUUCAAAACAUGGAACCGAAGGUGGUUUUAUUUGUACGACAACAGACUUGUAUAUAGAAAAAGAACUGGUGAACUAAAUGUAACUGUGAUGGAGGAAGAUCUCAGGCUUUGUACUGUAAAACCUGUUCUGGACGGUGAGAGGAGAUUCUGUUUCGAAGUUCUAUCUCCUUCUAAAAGCCAUAUGCUGCAAGCAGACUCUGAAGAGAUGUUGAACAGUUGGAUAGCAGCAUUACAGAAUGGUAUACGAUCGGCAAUACAACAGGGACAAAGUCGCGAGAACCCAGACUCUCAGUUGGUACUCGUGCCAGACGAUUCCAAACCUCAUGGCAAUAGAAACAGCGUCGCAAAUGUUCGCAUGAGGAAAGUCAGAAUCUGGGAACAGUUGCUUACGAUUCCUGGUAACAACAAUUGUUGCGACUGCGGUAGUCCGAAUCCGCGGUGGGCAAGUAUCAAUCUUGGCAUAACAUUAUGUAUUGAAUGUUCCGGAAUUCAUCGCUCUUUAGGGGUACACGUGAGCAAAGUCAGAUCUCUUACUCUGGACGACUGGGAACCAGAUAUUAUAAAAGUGAUGGCCGAACUUGGCAAUAAGAUAGUAAAUUUGAUAUAUGAAGCAAACACAGAUGGUGCUACUGUUGCCCGAGCGACACCUGAUUGUGAAACUUCGGUACGCGAGGCUUGGAUACGCGCCAAGUAUGUGUCGCUGAGUUUUGUUCGCGACAUAGUGAGUGCGGGUAGUUGUGUUAGCGGCGCCUCCGAAUCGCCACUACGUAACGUAGGCCGAUGGUCUGUACGACGAGCAAGACGCAGAGUUCGAGCACCGCCAAAUGUACCAGAGACUAUUAGUGACGAGAAAAGUGACGUUAAUAGCAAUACCAGUGUGUCAGAGAGUUCAAGUAAAUCAGAACCGGACAGUCCCGUUCUACUGAUAGGAACUGAAUUGGCGGCCGAACGAGCUGUGGAUCUCAGUCUGCCUUCCGACCACGAGUCAACUGAAGGCGAGGACACGGAUGAUCUAGCGGAGGAGAUGUGCUGCCUGUCGGCGGGCGCGGUGCUGUGCCGCGCGGCGCGCGCCCACAACGUGGCGGUGAUGCGCGCCGCGCUCGCCGCCGCCGCCGACGUGAACGCGCAGCAGCACCGCCGCCGGGCGCCGCUGCACGCCGCCGUGCUCAGCGGUUCAGUGAUGGCUUGUUCGUUCUUGUUACUCAAUGGCAGUAAGUUGAAUAUGCAAGAUGAUGAUGGGAAAACUCCACUCCAUCUCGCAACAGAAGCUGGGCAUACAGGACAGGUAUGUUUGCUACUUCGGUACCGCGCGGACCAGUCUAUUGUUGACAAUGAGGGGCGUACGCCUCUCGAUAUAGCCGUUGAAAACGCCAAUGCUGAUAUUGUUACAUUAUUGCGACUGACAAAGUUGAAUGAGGAGAUGCGCGAAAGCGAGAUGUCAUCCAACGACGAUACGUACAACGAAGUGUUCCGCGACUACACGCAGCUCGCACACUCGCACCCCGAGCGACUCCUGCGCAGGCAUAACAACAACGAAGGUGAACAACCGAACGAAUGA